UCUUCUAAGUUUAAACUACUCUUUUAGUCAAUUGCCGAAGCUCAGUACGCGCAUUUAAGAGUUGACUGAAUAGUCGGAGAGUAGUACAACUGCUGCCAGUGUGUUCGGUUUGCUGAUUCGCGUGCGUUUACCAUCAAAUAUUCCGUGCGUGCGUGCCUUUACAUAUAGAGUGUUGCGAGUUAUAAUUUUUUUUUUACACCGAUUCGCGACUACUGUUCGGAUCGUAAGCCGAAAAUCAAUUCCGUGGUGCGGAAAUUACUGACGCCUAGAAGACGUUUUCAUUAACAACAUUUCAAAGGAUGUAUACGAGCCAGGAUGAGAAAUAUAAUAAACGACCCUUGGAUACUACCACGAUCUCCAUUAGUGUCCCUAAUGAGAUCAGCGAUGUCAAGUCGCCUCCUUCUCGCAAUCUAUCGAUGAUAAAAUGGGUGCUGAUCGUGAGCUUGGGAUGCUGCGCGCUGAUGUACAGCGCCAGCUCGUCACCCAUCGUUAGCAGCUCGACGUCCGAACCGGAAAAGGAAAAUCACCAUGCGAACGCGGCCGCCUCAGAGACGGCAGACAAGCUGGUAGCCACGUCGCCGGACAGUGGCCGGCAGUCGGCCGAGACAGCCGCCGUGCAACCGGCCCCCGUUUCCGAAUCGGUUCCGGUGGCUCUGCCGUCCGCGCCGGCCGCCGUCGCGCCGGAAGCGUCCACAGACGAGGACGACGAUGACGACGACGACGACGACGAUGUGGUCGACUUGGACAUCACCGGCGACGACGACGACGACGAUGACGAGGAAGAGGAAGACGACGACGACGACGACGACGACGAUGACGACGAGGAAGAAGAAGAUGUCGUGCCACAACCGGCCAGCGCAAACGCCGCCAAUGGCGCCGCCGAUCAGUCGGCAGCAGCUUCCGGAUCGACUUCCGGUUCCACAGCGGCCCCAGCCGCGAGUUCCGGUGGCGACGACGACGACGACGAUGACGAAGACGAAGACGACGAUUACUUCGACCGAUUCUUCGAAGACAUCCUCGGAGAUGACGAAGAAGAGGACGAGACGUCUUCGGUUAGCACGCUGGUGUUCGGACAGGCGUCCACCACCGCGGUGCCCGUGCAGGGCCUGUCCGUGUCGUCACCGGCUGACGACUCGUCGGACUACGGGACGGGCGGCGACGGCUCCGCGGUGUCCAGCGUCAACUAUGACGACGGCGCUGGCGUGGACGACGCGGCGGCCGCCGACCAGGACGGACCACACACCGUCACGCUGCUCUCGCCCGUGCCCAACGACGACGACUUGACGGACGGCGAGGACGGUGCCGCUCUCGUCGCGUCUUCCGUGCAGGCUGUCGAGUCCAACAGUAUCGCGGCCGCGGCUGCUCCUGCGCCGGCCAACGCGAGCGAUGACGACGACGAUGACGACGACGACGAUGACGACGACGACGACGACGACGACGACGAUACGUCGGCCGCGGCCACGAGCGGCAGUGACGACGACGACGACGAUGACGACGAUGACGACGACGAUGACGACGACGACGAAUCCGGCGAGACCAGGACGGUGGCCAAGGGUCGAGCGCGUGAGUGCAUAAAAACUUCCGGUGCGAUGGUCAGCAACCCGGUGACCUUGCCGUCCUCGUACGUCACCAAGUAUAACAGGUUCGUGGACAACAUACUGGGCCGUAUCAACAAGGUGCUGAGGAAGAACUACGACCCGGUCAACGUGCGUCUGCAAACGCCCACGCAAACCACUGACCACAAAAAAAAGGGUACCACCUCUCAAAAACCAAAAACCAAACCCAAAAUGGAGUCCAGAGAAAGCGUCCGACAAACGGAAGUGUUGAAAAAUGGCACCGCAGCAGCUCCGGCGACGGAAAAGUCUGCGACCCCUGUUCCACAGCAUCCGACUGCAGUGAACGGCACGUCGUCCCGGGCGCAGCGCAAGCACCACAAACACGAUAGGACGUCAAAGGCGCAGAACAACAAGCCCAAAGUCACCACCAAAAAUAAGCCAGCCGCCAAGCCCCAUAGCCCGCCUAGAGCCAGAGCCACCAUGUACGGACUGAGUAGUCUGCGCCGGGAUGGAGACGUCACCGUUAACGUGAUGAACAGCCACACGACAGUGAAGACCAAGUUUUUGGUCGGCCCGCUAACUUUGAAAGUCGAAAAAGAGUUCGGACGAGGUGCCAAAAAGGAGCUGAGAUCGGCGACUGCCACCACCGGCGAACUGGUCGGCCGACUUAACAUGAGAGUGCUUACCGGCGGCGCGGCCACGCUGCACUCCAUCCGCGUUCACCAGCCAAAACAACUGCAGAUCGACAGCCCGGACGACCACGACAAGACUAGGGAGUACGUGUGGAGACGGUCCAACAUGAUCGCCCACCUCGUGUCGCAGAAACUGACGUUCGCCACGAAGUCCAUGUUGCAACCGGUCCCGCACAAGACGGCCUCUAAACAGUCCAAACCAUAGUAGAAAUGGAGUUCAACCGUACUCAAUGGCUGAUUAAAUGUUAAGAUUUUUUCACUAUUUAUUUAUUUUUAUACAUUUAUAUUUAUUAAUUUAUUUAUUUAUUAAAAUACAUAGUAAUAUACAUAUUGUAUUUCAAGUCUGUAAGACAAAAUUUUGUAGAAUAAAUUAUUUCCUACGCUCAUAUUA